GGAGGAGGAAGACUCGAAGCCCAAAGCGCCAAAGAGGAAGAGGAAGGGCUCGUCGGCCGUCGGCUCUGACAGCGACUGAUUGGACCAGGGAGACCGUCGGCCAAUCAGCCGCUCCGACCCCGCUCCGGCCCCGGGCAGCCCCGCCCCCUCCCGCGGGGGGGCGGGGCUUGGGACGCCGCAGACUGUUUUAAAUCCGAGCAGCGAACUGACUUCCACAGGACGAGACUCGCCGUUUCCAUGGAGACGGGACAGAAGUCACCGCGUGGCUUCCCACAAUGCACUUUUUCAGGAGGAAACCUCGAACUUUUGGGAACCGACAGACUGAUUUUAAUACAUGAUGAUGAUGAUGAUGAUGAUGAUGGGGGGGGGGUGUUCAUUUUAUCCACAGCUACAUGUUGACAGACUCCUGAUUCAAUGUCAGACAGACAGGCAGAGACAGACAGAGAGAGAGAGACAGCAGAGACAGACAGGCAGAGACAGACAGAGAGAGAGAGACAGGCAGAGAGACAGACAGGCAGAGAGAGAGAGAGAGACAGGCAGAGAGACAGACAGGCAGAGAGAGAGAGAGAGACAGACAGGCAGAGACAGGCAGAGAGAGAGAGAGACAGGCAGAGAGACAGACAGAGAGACAGACAGACAGACAGACCGAGAGAGGCAGACAGACAGACAGAC